AUGAGGUCCACCUUCUUCUCUAUCCUACCCAUCGCGGGUCUCGCUGUCGCUGAGUCGGUCUGCACACAGAAGACUGUCACUACGACUGCAUACGAAACAGUGUAUGAGACUGCAAAGCCCGCUCUUGUUGCGGACGCUACCGCCAGCCAGUCUGGCGCUUGCUCCUCCAGGAGCACCGUCUACACUACCACUUACGAGAAGGUAUACGUCACUGUCACUCCUGGCGCUGCUACUCCCGAUGCCGUCGAGGAAUCGACGACUACAAGCACCACCGAGACUUACACCACGGUCACCGUUCGCCCAACAGGUGGAUACUUUGGCAACUUCUCCACCUCUGCUCUCUUCAAGCCAGAGGCAUCAUCGAACGCGCCAUCAUACCCUACCAUGAGCGUUGCGCCGACUACUCAGCUGGACUACUCCUCGUUGGCCUACACUCCUGUACCCCAGAGUGAAGCCUCGAAAUCUUACGAGGCCGCGCAGUCUUCUCAGGCCGCGCAAUCUUACGAGGCCGCCGCGGUGUCCACCUACGCUGCGUCCAGCCCGGCCGCUCCAGCUCCCACCUCAGGUGCAGGCUCCAAGCGUGGCGAAGCUACCUUCUACGGCGGAAACACUUCUGGUGGCAUGUGCUCCUUCACCGGCUACACUAUCCCCGCUGGUAUCUACGGCACCGCGCUCUCCGACUCCAACUGGGACACCGCCAACAACUGCGGUGUCUGCGUCAGCGUAACAGGCCCGGAUGGAAACAAGGUCACCGCCAUGGUUACUGACCAGUGCCCUGGAUGCGGCCCCAACCAUCUUGACCUGUACCCCGACGCCUUCGCCAAGCUCGCCGAGCCUUCCAAGGGCGUUAUCCCUAUCUCCUGGGACGUCGUCCCCUGCGGCAUCACCACCCCCAUUGUCCUUAAGAACAAAGAAGGCACCAGCAAAUUCUGGUUCAGCAUGCAAGUCAUGAACUCCAACAUGCCCGUCUCCAAGCUCGAGGUCUCCACCGACGGAGGCGCGACCUGGAAGGCUACCACACGCCAGGAGUACAACUACUUUGAGAACCCGGCUGGUUUCGGCGCCGACAGCGUUGAUGUCAAGGUUACGAGCAGCGACGGUAAGAGCAUUGUUGUCAAGAGCGUUAGCAUUGCUGCGAAUAGCAAGAAGACUGCUGGUAGCAACUUCGCUUAG